AUGGGGAAGAAGCGAGGGAAAAAUGGAUACAUGAUGAUUAAACUGGAUAUGGAAAAAGCUUACGACAAGAUGAGUUGGAAAUUUAUUGUGGAAGUCCUGGAAAGACUAAAGUUUGACGCCAGAUUUGUAAGAUGGGUUAAGAAGUGUAUUAAAGUCAAGAGAAUGGGACUCCUUCUGAAUGGUACAGUACAAGGUGUGAUCUCCCCGACAUGUGGCUUAAGACAAGAAGAUCCGUUAUCUCCGGCUUUGUUCAUAAUUGCCGCGGACGUGCUCUCUCGACUCAUAAUGGUAAAGAAUGCGGCUGGGGAGAUAGCUGGCUUCAAGGUAAAAAGAGAGGGACCAACCAUUACACAUUUGAUGUUCGCCGACGACAUUAUACUGUUUGGCAAAGCAUCAGUGAAGGAGGCGAAAAGUUUCCUUAAGUGUUUUGAAGACUAUUGCGCUUGGUCUGGACAAGCAGUUAAUUACCAAAAAUCCACUGUUCACUUCACCCAAGGUGUCCAUAGUAAGAAGGCGGAGGAGAUCAUGAAUAUUCUAGGGAUGAAAAGGAUGAAUAGAGAUUCUAUGUACCUCGGAUUGCCUUUAUUCAGAUCAGUGAAGAGAGCUAAGGAUUUAAACUUCCUUGUCGACAAAGUUAUGCAACGAGUUAAAAGCUGGAAAACAAGGUUAUUAUCCAAGGCAGGAAGAGCGUGUCUCAUACAAUCGGUUGGCUCCUCCAUCGCUACGUAUGUAGCUGCCUCUGAUAUAAUUCCUAAGAAAAUAGCAAGAAGAGUUGACAAAGAAUUGCGAGACUUCUGGUGGGGAGACUCGGAGAACAAAAAGACUUGGCAUACUAUUGAUUGGAGUUCACUUUGUCAAUCAAAACUGCGGGGUGGUCUCGGGUUUAGAAGAAUUGAAACUAUUAAUGCAGCCUUUAUCCUUUAA